GCGCCCUGAGAGCGGUCCCUCGUGCGGCUCCCGCAGGGCUCCGGCUUCCAGUCGUCGCGGAGGGAGAAGUACGGCAACGUGUUCAAGACGCACUUGCUGGGGAGGCCGCUGAUCCGCGUGACCGGCGCGGAGAACGUGCGCAAGAUCCUCAUGGGCGAGCACCACCUCGUGAGCACCGAGUGGCCUCGCAGCACGCGCAUGCUGCUGGGCCCCAACACGGUGUCCAACUCCAUCGGCGACAUCCACCGCAACAAGCGCAAGGUCUUCUCCAAGAUCUUCAGCCACGAGGCCCUGGAGAGCUACCUGCCCAAGAUCCAGCUGGUGAUCCAGGACACACUGCGUGCUUGGAGCAGCCACCCCGAGGCCAUCAACGUGUACCAGGAGGCGCAGAAGCUGACCUUCCGCAUGGCCAUCCGCGUGCUCCUGGGCUUCAGCAUCCCCGAGGAGGACCUGGCGCACCUCUUCGAGGUCUACCAGCAGUUUGUGGAGAAUGUCUUCUCCCUGCCUGUCGACCUGCCCUUCAGUGGCUACCGACGGGGCAUCCAGGCGCGGCAGAUCCUGCAGAAGGGGCUGGAGAAGGCCAUCCGGGAGAAGCUGCAGUGCACCCAGGGCAAGGACUACUCGGACGCUCUGGACCUCCUCAUCGAGAGCAGCAAGGAGCACGGCAAGGAGAUGACCAUGCAGGAACUGAAGGACGGGACCCUGGAGCUGAUCUUCGCAGCCUACGCCACCACCGCCAGCGCCAGCACGUCUCUCAUCAUGCAGCUGCUGAAGCACCCCACCGUGCUGGAGAAGCUGCGGGAGGAGCUGCGGGCCCACGGCAUCCUGCACAGCGGCGGCUGUCCCUGCGAGGGCACCCUGCGUCUUGACGUGCUCAGCGGCCUGCGCUACCUGGAUUGCGUCAUCAAGGAGGUCAUGCGCCUGUUCACCCCCAUCUCUGGUGGCUACCGCACUGUGCUGCAGACCUUCGAGCUCGACGGCUUCCAGAUCCCUAAAGGCUGGAGCGUCAUGUACAGCAUCCGGGACACCCAUGACACAGCGCCCGUGUUCAAGGACGUGAACGUGUUCGACCCUGACCGCUUCAGCCAGGCGCGGAGUGAGGACAAGGACGGCCGCUUCCAUUACCUCCCGUUCGGUGGCGGCGUGCGGACCUGCCUGGGCAAGCACCUGGCCAAGCUGUUCCUGAAGGUGCUGGCGGUGGAGCUGGCCAGCACCAGCCGCUUUGAGCUGGCCACGCGGACCUUCCCCCGCAUCACCCUGGUCCCCGUCCUGCACCCCGUGGAUGGCCUCAGUGUCAAGUUCUUCGGCCUGGACUCCAACCAGAACAAGAUCCUGCCUGAGACGGAGGCCAUGCUGAGCGCCACGGUCUAACUUCAAGGCCCGCGCCUGCCUCGGCCUGGCCCAGGAGUGGGGGGGUGGGGCGCUGGAGGUAGAAACCUGUGUGAGGGAGGGGGCUGGAACCGGGGAAGGGCAAGCGGCCCCGAACUUGCCCUCCC